AGAAGGAGGAGAAAGAAGAAGAUUGUCAUGUUUACAGUCAACAGGAACAGGCAGUAGAAAGCACAUCCUGCCCUGAAUCAGCACAGCCAAACACUGUUAAAACAGCAGAGUUCUCUGACCAUACAGACACUGACUCUGUUGGGUAUGUUGGGCUGUCAAGCACAGAGGAGACAGAGGAUGCUAUAUUCCCCUACAGUCCUACAGGAGUCUUCGUAGAGAUCACUAGUGAUCUGUAUGUUGAUCUCUGCACACAGGGUGUUUCUAGUGACAUGGGCCAAGGGUCAAACCAAUCUACAGAGACUGAGCCUCUUCAGGGAGACAGCACAGAACCACCUGCCUUAGAUCAGGAGACUGUACCACUGAGAAGGAUAGAGAUAACUGUGGGAACAGACUUUUCUGUUACCAUAGGAACAGACUCUCCUGUUAUCGUGGGAACAGACUCUCCUGUUACCGUGGGAACAGACUCUCCUGUUACCGUGGGAACAGACUCUCCAGUUAUCGUGGGAACAGACUCUCCAGUUAUCGUGGGAACAGACUCUCCUGUUACCGUGGGAACAGACUCUCCUGUGUGUAAAGAACAAGUCCAUAGCCGCCGGGAUCACCUAGAGAUCCACCACAGGAUCCCUGAGCCUCCCUCUCCCUGCCCUGAGCCUCCCUCUCCCUGCCCUGAGCCUCCCUCUCCCUGCCCUGAGCCUCCCUCUCCCUGCCCUGAGCCUCCCUCUCCCUGCCCUGAGCCUCCCUCAAUCAUUUCUCUGUCCUCCCUCUCUGACUCCAACAACCACACCAAGGCCAGUGAAAGGUUGUGGUCAGGGUCUCUCUGUAUGAGGGGUCAGAUGCCAGAGCAGUGGUCCUCUGAGGUAGAGAUAAAGGUAGCCCACCAGAGCAGGUCAAAGGAGUGUGGGGAUAAAACUGAUGGGGAGUCCCCUUCCCUGACCGAGCCCGCAACGUUAACCUCAAAAUUCCUGGGGGAGACCAAUGAAGACCCCCCUGAGGAUUCUGAGAAGUUCCUGUCCCUCGUGGACUACGACCCUUGCUGGUGCAGUGAUGACUCAGCCGUGUCCUGGCUGGAGGAUGAGUAUCACUUCAGCCUGUCUGAGGUGGAAGAGCUGGAGAGGCUUCAGAGAGAGGGUUACAGAGACGCCCCUAAUCAGAACCAUACAGACUGGAAAGGAGACAUCUCUAACCAUACAGACACUACAGACUGGAGAGGAGACAUCUCUAACCAUACAGACACUACAGGGUGUAGGGAGGCUAAUUGUGCUGCAAACAGUACAACAGGCCUCUCUGAACCCUUAUCUUCCUACCUGGAGACCAGAAGCCUGCUAUUGGACAGUGCUGAGAAGGAGAAGGGCCAGCAGCCCAUUCCCCACCAAUCCCCCAAGCCUCCCUGGGACAGAGACAGACAGGAGUGUAGCAACUCACCUGAGACUUUAGGAUUAGAGGACAGUUGGUUUACUGAGGAGGACAGCUCAUACAGAUCCUCCCUCCAGACCAGCUCUCACCCUACCCUCCUGCAGCAGGAUCGUGAGGUGAGGAUCGUGAGGUACCCCUAUCCCGGCGUCAGUCUCAACCUGCUCUCCCUUACUAACCUGGAAACCAUCCUAGAGGCUGAUCCCGACCACUUCCUGGACAACUCUGGGACAGUGGAAGAUGAGACUGGGGAUGAGGAGGAAGAUAAGGAGUGGAGAAAGAUUGUUAGGAUAAGGCCCACUGAGGAGGACCGAGGCACCGUUCUUCUGUCUGGUGACAUCAUCAUAUCCUAUGUGCCCACUUUCAGCAUGUCGUCGUGUCACCCUGAGGACUUGUCCAGUAUCGAGUCGUCAGAGCACCAGCUGGUCUUGUCGACCUUUGAUCCCGAUGACUCCAGGGUCAUGACCUUACCAUACGACAAUGACGCCUCGGGCAGCGAGAGAUGCUCCAGUCCCACCCCCACCUCUGUGUCCUACGAUUUUGACACCACCAGCACUAACAGUGAGGAGACGGAAGAGUCCAUCCUGCCUGUCUCGGGGGGCAACGCCAACCUCCACAAACCCAUGAAGAGCAAGUCUAAAGGAGGCCGGGCGGGGAGCACCAAGAGCUCCAAGUUCUCAGUCUUCUCCAAGAUGCCUUCCUUCAGGAAGAAGAACAGUCUGAAGAACACCAAGGUGGACAGCUCACCCAGGGACUCACCCGACCUGGGCCUGGGAAGGGAGCUGGGGGGAGACACCUCAGACAACGACAGUGUCUUUUUGACGGUCCAGCAGGCCUUCUCCUCUGGUCCAGUGGGUUGCUACGAGACAGAGGAGGAGGACUACAGCUUCUUCCCCUCCACACCUCGCACCCACCUGCUCUUCAUGGAGGAGCCCAGCAGCCCAGACACCCCUCUGAUCUCCCAGCCCGGAGGUCUCAGACACAACCAGACUGUGGCCCCCGAGGGCCUGCACGGCUACAAGAGGAGCAAGAGCUCUGACAGCCUCAACCUCCGAAUGCGCUUCGCCCAGGCCCACAAGUCCUUAUCCAGCCUGUUUGAGUCUCGCUCUUUGGAUAAGGAGAACGAGGAGGCGCAGGGGAGCGUUGAGACAGGGAGUGAAGGGAAGGUGGUGGGGGCCAAACAGUCCUGGAGAAGGCUGAGGGCCAAAGAGGCUGAGCUGGUGAGGAGGACUCUGUCCGUCCCGGUCGGGGAUGGGGUUGAGGGAGAGGACGGUGGGGGUUUGAGGUCGCCCAGACAGAUCCACAGAGACUAUGCAUCCUGCUCGGCCUCAGGCUCAGUGCUCAGUGUCCCUGGGUCCCCGUCUUCUCUCAGGGCUCUGAAUCUCACCGACCACUUCACCAAGAAGGGCCUACAGGACAGUCAAAGAAGGUCCGGGGCCAACACCCUACAGGACUGCAAGUUGGAUGGCGAGAGGAGGAAAGGGAAAGUCCCGCCCAAAGAUCUGUCAAUCAACUUCUCAGACUCCAGACCGCCGUACUCGCAAGACUCUGAGGCUCCGCCCGCAAAUGAAUCCAGCCCCCUGUCGCCCAUGAGCCCCGCCUCCCUGGCUGCAUUAGCCAAUCAACUGUCCUGGUCCCCAGGGGGAGGCUAUGAGAGCAAAGUGUCUAGCAUGGUAGCUACACCAGACACCCCAGUGAGACCCAUGAGCCCCAAGCCCCACAGCCCCAGACCUGCUGCCCAGCACAGGUCUAUCUGCUACCCCCCCACUGUCUCUGCCCGGGCCUCAGUCCUUUCCCUGCUCCUCAUGGGCCAGUCAGCCAGUGUUGAGGGCCUGUCUGACCCGCCAGAGAAGCCCAAGACCCUGAAGCCCCGAGCUGGGCCGUUAGACUCCUCCUCCCUCAGUCCAUUGGAGGAAAGAGAAGUGGACAGUCUGCUUACACCCAUGUUCUUCAAACAGUUUGAGACCAGUCGGGAUGGAUGUAGACCCUGCAACCAGACAGGGGGAGGAGGGAAGAGGCUAUCAGAGCUGAAGACUCCUGGGCCUUCACCGGAUACUACUGCAUUAGCCCUCAGACCAGCACUAGGCCACAGGCCGGACAGGGAUCCGAGAGGCCACCGCUGCUGCUCAGAUGACCUGUGGAUCGAAGAGGAAACCAGACGGAAGCGGAGGCUGACCCGAGUGAUGAGGGAAAGCCUGGGACAACUCAACACACACUGUCCUGAAGAGCUCAACAAAUCGCAUGCUUCAGUGUCCCUGUCGACCAUGGAGGCAUUCUCUGGGAUGAUCCUGAAGUCCCACUGCUUCUCCCAGAGCACCCCAAUCGGUCUGGACUGUCUGGGCUGGAGACGACGCAUCUCCUACCCCUUACCAGACGGGGGUGGAGAGAAGACCAGUCUGGGGCUGAGUGAUGAUCUAGGCAGUGACGAGGACCUGUUUGAAGAGUUCCGCAGCUCCAGACAUCACUUUGGACACCCAGGGGGAGGUGGGGAACAACUGGCCAUUAAUGAGCUGAUUAGCGAUGGCAGCUGUGUGUACGCCGAGGCGCUGUGGGACCAUGUCACUAUGGACGACCAGGAGCUGGGCUUCAAGGCGGGGGAUGUCAUUGAGGUAGUGGAUGCCACCAACAAAGAGUGGUGGUGGGGACGCAUUCUGGACAGUGAGGGCUGGUUCCCAGCCAGCUUCGUCCGGUUGCGUGUGAACCAGGAUGAGCCUAUGGAGGAGUACCUAGCCCAGCUGGAGAAGCCUGGGGCUGGGGAGAAUGACCAGCCAGGCGUGGGCCUGUUUCUGGGACCAGGCCUGCCUUGUAAGGAACAGAUGAGGACUAAUGUCAUCAAUGAGAUCAUGAUCACAGAGAGAGACUACAUCAAACACCUCAAAGACAUCUGUGAGGGUUACGUCAAGCAGUGUCGUAAGAGGAUAGACAUGUUCACCGAGGAACAGCUGCUGUGUAUCUUCGGGAACAUCGAGGACAUCUACCGCUUCCAGAAAAAGUUCCUGAAAGGUCUGGAGAAGAGGUUCAACAAGGAGCAGCCGCACCUCAGCGAGAUCGGAUCCUGCUUCCUGGAACAUCAAACAGACUUCCAGAUCUACUCGGAGUACUGUAACAACCACCCCAACGCCUGUGUGCAGUUGUCCAGGCGGAUGAAGACCAACAAGUACGUGUUCUUCUUCGAGGCUUGUCGUCUGCUGCAGAAGAUGAUUGACAUCUCGUUGGAUGGGUUCCUGCUCACGCCCGUCCAGAAGAUCUGCAAGUACCCUCUGCAGCUGGCCGAGCUACUGAAAUACACCAACCCCCAGCACAGGGACUAUAGGGACGUGGAGGCUGCCUUGAACGCCAUGAAGAACGUGGCCAGGCUGAUCAACGAGAGGAAGCGACGCCUGGAGAACAUCGACAAGAUCGCCCAAUGGCAGUGCUCCAUAGAGGACUGGGAGGGAGAAGAUAUCCUCAGUAAAAGUUCAGAUCUGAUCUUCUCUGGAGAGCUGACCAAGAUCUCCCAGCCUCAGGCUAGGAGCCAGCAGCGCAUGUUCUUCCUCUUCGACCACCAGAUGGUCUACUGCAAAAAGGACCUCCUGCGCAGGGACAUGCUGUACUGUAAAGGUCGUAUGGACAUGGACCAGAUGGAGGUGGUGGAUGUGGAGGACGGGAAGGAGAAGGACUUCAACGUGUCGGUGAAGAACACUCUGAAGCUGUGCUCGCUGGCGGGUGACGAGGUCCACCUGCUGUGUGCCAAGAAGCCUGAGCAGAAACAACGCUGGCUCCGAGCCUUCCAGGACGAGAGGAGGCAGGUGCAGCACGACCGCGAGACAGGAUUCUCUAUCACUGAGGUCCAGAAGAAACAGGCCAUGCUCAACGCCUGCAAAAGCCAUCCAGCUGGGAAGCCCAAAGCGGUGACACGGCCAUAUUGUGACUUCCUGCUCCGUCAGAAGCAGCCAUCUCUGCCCAGCAGCGUUCCCCAGCAGCAGGUCUUCAUGCUGGCUGAGCCCAAACGAAAGGCAACCACCUUCUGGCAAAACAUCGGCAGACUGACGCCUUUCAAGAAGUGAACUGCCAAAGUAGAGGAGAGCUCUCUGCUCGUGCCUGAACUUAACUUUUUAUGCCAGAUGCUCUUUUUUAUUAUUAUAUAUAUAUAUACAUAAUCCUAUCCUAAUUGAAAUACUGAUAUCGUGAAAGAUUAUUACGAUGAUAUUUUUUUCUUUGGAGAAAGCACUUUAUAGGUUGGUUACAAUUAGUUAGACUUGGGAAUGGUUCUUCCGGACAUUGUGUGUAUAUAUACACGUUGGGAGACCGUCACGAGGACUGUUAUACCUGCUACUGCAACCAACAACCGAUUGGUUCCACUACUGCUGCGUGAUCAUGUGACUGACUGCCGAUGAGGCUCCUCUUUAUGAAAGACGUUGCCUGGCGACAGCAAAAUGUGACAUUUUUUCCCCCCCAUUGUUUUUGUUUUCUGACUAAAUGCCAACUGUCCACAAUGCCAGAAACAUGUUACUUUUGCAUUUAAGUUUCUUUCUGGAAAAACAAAAAGGUGAAAAUUGUGAUAAAGGUUUAUUGUACUUCUUUCUGUACAAAAAAAAAUUACAAAAAAAUGUUUUCCUGGU